AUGACUCGCGACAAGGUCUGCAUUAUCGGCUCUGGCAACUGGGGAUCUACCAUUGCCAUGAUUGCCGGCCAGAAUGUGCGCAAGCACGCCGACGCAUUCGACGAGCGCGUCCCCGUUUGGGUUUAUGAGGAGAUGAUUGACGGCAAGAAGCUCACCGACGUCAUCAACACAACCCGCCAGAACGUAAAGUACCUCCCCGGCUACGACCUCGGGACCAACGUCGAGGCCAUUCCCGACCUCGCCAAGGCCGUUGAGGGCGCGACUGCUCUCGUCUUCGUCAUGCCCCACCAGUUCCUCGACAGGUGUCUCGCCACGAUCGAGGGCCACAUUGCGCCUGGUGCCAGGGCGAUCUCGCUCAUCAAGGGUGUCGACGUUCACGGCGCAGACAUCCACAUCUUCGCCGACGUGAUCCAGGACCGCCUUGGUAUCCGGUGCUCUGCUCUGUCCGGGGCGAACAUUGCGUCCGAAGUUGCGGCCGGCCGCUUCUCUGAGACGACCAUCGGGUAUCGUAAGGGGUUCCAGGAGGACGGUGUGCUGUGGAAGAAGCUGUUUGAGACGCCCAAGUUCAAGGUCCAGCUUAUUGAGGACGUUAGCGGCGUGUCGCUUUGCGGAGCGCUCAAGAACGUUGUGGCUGUCGCGGCCGGUUUAUCUGACGGUCUUGGCUACGGGAAUAACACCAAGUCCGCGAUCAUGCGCAUCGGCCUCAUCGAGACCAAGAACUUUUGCCAAGAGUUCUUCAGCGACGUCCUCCCAGAGACGUUCCUCGAGGAGUCGGCUGGCGUCGCCGACCUCAUCACCUCGUGCCUCGGCGGCCGUAACAGAAAGACGGCCGAGGCAUUCGUCAAGACGGGCAAGAGCUUUGACCAGCUCGAGCGCGAGAUGCUUGGCGGACAGAAGCUGCAGGGCAUCCACACGGCCAAGGACGUGCACAUCUUCCUCGAGGCGCGCAACAGAAUCGGAGCGUACCCUCUGUUCGACAAGGUCUUCCACAUUUGCUGGGAGGACAUGGACGUCAACACGCUCACCGACGACCUGUAA